ACGAAUGAUCGUUGUAAAUCGAUUAUGAGACCUCGACUGACCUAGAAACACGUAGGAGAAGGAAACAUCAUCAAUUAUGCUUAAUUAAUUAGCUGCACGCUCACAUCUUGUGACAUUGUUCGGAAAUUGGCGUGCAAAGCGGCGGCGGCGGCGGUAUUUAACCGGCUAAAUUAAACCGACUUCUGGACGGCGUGCAGACUAAACAGAAUCCGAAACGAAGGAUUGCUUAAACAGCCUGUGUCUGGUGAAAUAUAUGGUAUAAAUUGUGGUACAGGAGCAACAUUUGGUAUCACUUAACGCUGAACAACACCGAAGUCAAGUGGUUUGGAACACUAUUCAAUAUGUUCAAGUUCGUACUGAUUCUUGCUUUAGCGGUUGCUGUCUCAGCUCAAUGGGAAGGCGGCUUUGGAAAGCAUGACAUCGAGGAUCAUCAUCAUACACACCCGAAAUACAAGUUCGAAUAUGGUGUUAAGGACUUCAAGACAGGUGAUAACAAAGAUCAGUGGGAACAUCGGGAUGGAGAUGUUGUGAAAGGUCAGUACACGCUGCAGGAACCGGACGGCACGAAACGAAUUGUGGAAUAUACCUCCGAUAAGCACGGUGGAUUCCAGGCACACGUGAAGCGAGUGGGACAUGCUCAUCACCCGCAGAUCUAUGGCCAUCAUGAGGGAGGAUACGGUGGUGAAUCGUCUCACGAUAAACAUGUCCACGAUCACGCCAGUAGUUAUGCUAAUCAGCACCUGUAUACUGACCAUUAGGUGUAAAUGUUUGUAUGAUCUAAAAAUUUAAUG